AUGCCCGUCGCCGUUGCGUCAAGGUCAUCGGCCAAUGGUCGAGCUGCUCGCGAAUUCGUCGAGAAGCCACGCCGAGAGGUCACAGACCCUGCGCUCGUUGCUCUGCACGCAUCCAUUCCACCUCACUUCCAGCAGGCCCAGCACAGCCUUGCCAACCACCGAAAGAACAUCGUCUCUCUUCACCGCAUCCACUUCAAAGCAUCCGCCAUCACAGAGCCCGCAUCCGAUGGUCGCGUCAGGCCCAUCGGCGAGAAAGCUUUCAACGAGGUCUUCAUCGGCUGCCUCGACCGCGUCCUGCCCAUCAAGAAGGGUGUGCCCAACGCGGAUCGCAUCUGCAAGUUCGUCGCCGGCUAUGUCGCUUAUGCCCAGGAGCAGUUCCGCCUCCAAGCUCGUGCUGACAAGGCUGCCGACAGAAAAGCUGCACGAGAGCCGCACGAUGAGGACGAUGACGAGGAAGAGGAGGACACUACAGCUACGCGUUUCACCUCGCUGCUCCUCAAACACCUCCUCAAAGGAUCCGUGUCCAAGAACAAGAAUGUGAGGCUUCGCUGCUGCGGCUGCAUUGCUCUCCUCAUGAACGGACUCGAAGCGCUGGAUGAAGGUCUUUUCCAGACGCUCAAGGCCUUCCUUCUCCAACGCGCCAGAGACAAGGAAUCUUCGGUCCGGGUACAGGCGGUCAUUGCGCUCACCAAGCUUCAGACCAACGACGACGAGGACGAUGAAGAUUCCGAAGAGAUCCGACAAGCCCUCAUCGAGACUCUGCGAUUCGAUCCCAGCGCAGAAGUUCGUCGCGCUGCCCUCUUCAACCUUAACCCAAACCGGGAAAACUCGUCGCUUCUUCUCGAGCGUCUGCGCGACAUCGACCCCAUCAAUCGCCGCUGCGUCUAUCUCGGUAGUCUUUCCAUGCUUCUCAAGACGCACGCCAAGGCGCUCGAGGGAGCUGCCUCUUCUCGGGCGGGUCCUUCGCGCCUCGGUCUCGACAUUGACUCUGCAGGCGAGGUCGUUCGGAUCGGUAUGGGCGAACGAGAACCUAGUGUCAAGCGUGCCGCACAGAAGCUCGUCACUGCAUGGUUUGACGCUUGCGGAGGAGAUCUCGUCGUCUUCCUCAACCAGUUUGACGUCGUCGCUUCCAAGCACAUCGAGUCUGCACUGAUCAGCAUCCUUGAAGCCCGCCCUGCUUUGGUCGCCCAAGUGUCUUUCGACGCCGACGAGUUCUGGGCCAAUCUAUCGCCAUCCACUGCUUUCCUCGCCCGCGUCUUUGUCGACUACUUCAAGCGCACCAAGAACGAUCGCCGCCUAGAAGAGUGCCUUCCCGUCGUCACCGCUCUCGCUUUCCGCAUCGAAAAGGAGUAUGGCGAGCUCGUCCAGCUCAUCAAGCAGUACAACAUUUUGGCGAAGAGCGCCCUUGUGCCAGAGGACGAAACCGAGAUUGCGCUCUUCACCAUUCGCAACAAGACCUUUGUUGUCUCUCAGCUGCUUGGCAUCGGCUUGGCAUCCGACUACGGCGAUGAAGCCGGUCGCAACAAGAUGUUUAUCCUCAUUCGAGAAAUGAUCUCGGAUAUCGAGCUCCCCGAGGACCUCGUGCCUGCAUCCUUGGACGUGCUGUUCAAGCUGACCACCCAGAAGGACUUCAUGCGCAUCAUCGUCGAGAUCGUGCUAGACCUCGGCGUCGAAGACGAAGCCGAGGCGCUUGACUACGACGAAAGUGAGGUGGAUGACACCAUGAGCAUCGACGGCACACCUCUUGCUCGCAAGAAACCACGCAAAUCUAUCAGGAGCAAGGAGAGCUCGGCGACGACCCAAGAUGCACUUGCUACCGAGCACCGAUGCCUUACCAUCGUUCGAGCCAUGUUGGAGCGAGUCGUCGGCGCUCUGCAGGAGAACACGGCGUUCCACGGCUUAAUUCCGCAACUGAUUGCUCCCGCGGUGCGUUCCAAGGACGCCCACGUUCGCGAGCUCGGCCUGGUGUGUCUCGGGCUCUGCUGUCUGCUCGACCGCAAGCUGGCGCUCGACUCGUUCCCGCUGUUCCUCGACCAAGUGCAGCGCGCCGAUGGGCAGAUCAAGCUGCGCGCUGUACAGGCCGUCUUUGAUCUGCUCAUCAACCACACCAUCCCGUACCUCUGCUCUCGAAACCCGGCAGGAGAGGACAUGGCCAAACGUCAGAUCAUCUCGUAUCUGCUCAGCCUGCUCGAGGAUGAAGAUCCCGCGAUCCAAAGCGCAGCCUGUGAGGGCAUGGCCAAGCUCAUGCUCACCGGCAUGGUCGAUGACGACGAAGCGCUCAAGAGCCUGGUGCUCAUCUACAUGUCGCCAGAGACGAUGGAAAACCAGGAGCUCCGACAGUGCCUCUCGUACUUCCUACCCGUCUACUGUGGCUCGUCGAGUCGCAACCAGCGCCGUCUUCAGCGCGUGUUUGUCUCUGUGCUGCAGGUGCUUACCGAGGUGUACGAAGAAAAGGAAGAGGAUCAAGAGAUGGUCACGCCCACGCAGGUGGGUAUGCAACUCUUGGACUGGACCGAUCCCGAGAAGGUCAUGAUGCGGCCAGGGCAGGUGCGCGACGAGACGGUCCACGUCGAUGUCGCCAUCGAGCUCAUCAAGGCCAUGUACACAAUUCAAGACACCAAGGAGUGCAAGGAUCGCAAGGUCAUGUGUCAGCUGCUCGGCAAGCUGUUCCUACCGGAAGAGCUGGGCGAUGCCAAGGUGCAAGAGGUACUUAUUUUGCUCACCGGUCUACACGAGCUCAACCCGCUCACAGACACUGUCACCAAGAACGCGCUCGGUCGCUUCGAGACUGCUUUCAUCAAGGCAUACGCUGCCCAAGUGGAAGCGGGUCUGGACGGCAUUGACCUGGAUGCCACACCUGCGUUUGACGACCUCAAGUGCUUCUUUGCUGAGAUCCGUGUCGAUAUCGCCGAUAUCAUCGAGGCUUAUGCCCACUCGCCCAUCAAGCUUUCGAGCAAGACCGGCCGCAAAUCGACUUCCAAAGGCGCUGCUUCGGCUCGAUCGUCUGAAGCUGCUUCCAGUAAGAAGAGCCGAAAGCGUCGCAACGACAGCGAUGAGGAAGAGGAAGAAGAGGAUGGUGAAGAGGAGCAGGACGAGGAAGAUGAAGAAGCGGACGACGAGUAG